AUGCAACCAACUACUCAAGCUACCCAAAAAGAAAACUCUUCUGAAAACAAAGACAAUUACAUCAUUCCAGGUUUGUUCUGGGAUCCAGCAUGUAUUAUUGCUUAA